AUGGCAGAGAACCCUUACAAUGCCUCGGACCUGAAUUCGGUCCUCUACACACUAUCCAGCUUGACUGCACCAGGAAUUACAUCCCGAAGUGCAUCUUCAAGUCAGUCGGGCACUCCAGACCCUCGUCAGGCUCGCCGGGAGCAAGCCUAUACACCACGAGCGUCGACUUCCAAUACACCAGGGAGAAAACCGUCAACGUCAACUACCUCAGGUGUCGAUCCAUCAACCAUCACCACCUGGCCUGCAGCGCUUCGAUAUGUAAUGCGCACUGUCGGCCAGAAUGAGGAGACCCAGCUUCGUAUUCGCGGGCUGAUUCGAAGCCAGCAUAACCACGAGCGACAGUGGUGGAAGGGUCGUGAGGCCCUUCUGGAGAGACAGCAAGCGCGCGGAGAUAAGAAGAAAGAGCUUGACGCUGUAUUACGCUCUAUCGGCGCACCUAUUGACUCGACAGCGACCUCUGAUGAAAAUGCAGAACGAGUCGAGCUGGAAGACUACGACAUGAAAGUAUACAAGGCUUCUGCACAAAUGGCUGAUGCGCUCAUGGCAGAGCUUCGCGGGAUGAAGAUCCCCUUCUUUGUGCUUCACAAAAACCUGAUUGACUCAGACAUAUCAGAGAAUGUGCCCCAAAAUUACAAUAUGGACGGAGCCGCGGAUGCAAGACCAUCCAGACUGAACAACUCUGAUCUUGCCGAUCUACAGCGACGCAUGCUCGGAUUACUGGAGGAUCUUUGCAAGGAAUGA